AUGGUUUUCGAUUUUGAACAUCGUGGUUUAGUGCAGCUUGGUACAGUGAAGACUGGAAAUGAUCAAAAACUGUUAGACUCAGCAAUCCAGGCUGGCUCGGGUGUGCACAAGUUCCCUAGGGACUCCUCUUAUUCUCUAUUUGAAAGAGAUGGUGCUGACUUUUCACUCUCUAGUAUGCUUUCUCAAACUUGUUCAACGGGUAAUAGAGAUGGCUUCGAUGAAGCUACCUCCUCCGGGACUGUUUUGAAAAAGAAAAAACAGAGGAAAAGACCAUGUAAGAGCAUAAGAGCCCUCAGGAGAAAGGAACAAGAUGUCGUAGAUGCCGAUGUCAUAGUGUAA